GCCGCGGAACAUGACGGCGCCCUGGGCGGCCCUCGCCCUCCUCUGGGGAUCGCUGUGCGCCGGUUCCGGUCGCGGGGAGGCCGAGACGCGGGAGUGCAUCUACUACAACGCCAACUGGGAGCUAGAGCGCACCAACCAGAGCGGCCUGGAGCGCUGCGAGGGCGAGCAGGACAAGCGGCUGCACUGCUACGCCUCCUGGCGCAACAGCUCAGGCACCAUUGAGCUCGUCAAGAAGGGCUGCUGGCUGGACGAUUUCAACUGCUACGACAGGCAGGAGUGCGUGGCCACCGAGGAGAACCCCCAGGUGUACUUUUGCUGCUGCGAAGGCAACUUCUGCAACGAGCGCUUCACCCACCUGCCCGAGGCGGGCGGCCCAGAAGUCACGUACGAGCCACCCCCGACAGCCCCUACCCUGCUCACUGUGCUGGCCUACUCGCUGCUGCCCAUCGGGGGCCUCUCCCUCAUUGUCCUGCUGGCCUUCUGGAUGUACCGGCAUCGCAAGCCCCCCUAUGGCCACGUGGACAUCCAUGAGGAUCCUGGACCUCCACCCCCAUCCCCUCUGGUGGGCCUGAAGCCACUGCAGCUGCUGGAGAUCAAGGCUCGGGGGCGCUUUGGCUGUGUUUGGAAGGCACAGCUCAUGAAUGACUUCGUGGCUGUCAAGAUCUUCCCACUCCAGGACAAGCAGUCAUGGCAGAGUGAACGGGAGAUCUUCAGCACACCUGGCAUGAAGCAUGAGAAUCUGCUGCAGUUCAUUGCCGCCGAGAAGCGAGGCUCAAACCUGGAGGUGGAGCUGUGGCUCAUCACGGCCUUCCAUGACAAGGGCUCCCUCACGGAUUACCUCAAGGGGAACAUCAUCACAUGGAACGAACUGUGUCACGUGGCAGAGACAAUGUCAAGAGGCCUCUCAUACCUACACGAGGACGUGCCCUGGUGCCGUGGCGAGGGCCACAAACCGUCUAUUGCCCACAGGGACUUUAAGAGCAAGAAUGUAUUGCUGAAGAGUGACCUCACGGCCGUGCUGGCUGACUUUGGCCUGGCUGUUCGGUUUGAGCCAGGGAAACCUCCGGGGGACACUCAUGGGCAGGUGGGCACGCGGCGGUACAUGGCCCCUGAGGUGCUCGAGGGAGCCAUCAACUUCCAGAGAGACGCCUUUUUGCGCAUCGACAUGUAUGCCAUGGGCCUGGUGCUGUGGGAGCUCGUGUCCCGCUGCAAAGCUGCCGAUGGACCUGUGGACGAGUACAUGCUGCCUUUUGAGGAAGAGAUUGGCCAGCACCCGUCACUGGAGGAGCUGCAGGAGGUGGUCGUGCACAAGAAGAUGCGGCCUGCCAUCAAGGAUCACUGGCUGAAACACCCGGGCCUGGCCCAGCUCUGCGUGACCAUCGAGGAGUGCUGGGACCACGACGCAGAAGCUCGUCUGUCCGCGGGCUGUGUGGAGGAGCGGGUGUCCCUGAUCCGGAGGUCUGUCAAUGGCACUACCUCGGACUGUCUUGUCUCCCUGGUGACCUCCGUCACCAAUGUGGACCUGCCCCCGAAGGAGUCGAGCAUCUAAGCCCAGGACAUGAGUGGAUCUCCAGACUCAGUGGAUCUGAAGAGGAAAGGAAGAAAACAAAGUAGUGUUUUGUUUUGGAAAUCCCGUAACACCAACAAACACGCAAAAUGCAGCUGCUACUUUACCUUGACUUCUUAUUAUUAUUAUAAUUAUUAUUAUUAUUAUUAUUAAUAUUAUUUUUUGGAUUGGAUCAGUUUUUACCAGCACAUUGCUCUACUGUAUCGCAAACAGCGGACACGUCAGCAGGCGUUGAGGUGCUGAGCUGUGAAUGCAGAACCAGCGCCGUGCUGAAGAGCCUCGGCCACCUCCCGCCCUUCGGGGUUCAUUUUUCCCUCUUUCUCUUUGUUUGUUGUCUCAGAAUCUGUGACACAAAGAAACCCAUCUCCUGUCUUAGGAAACUUAAUGCUGCAAACUCUACCUAGAGGAACCUUUGAAGACUGUUACAUAAGAACACAUCUUCCUCAAAAGAGGAGUUUCCCUCUGCCCUCGUCCUCCACCCCCCACCCCCCCGCCUUUUACUGUGUUUUUCUCCCUUUUUAGACAGUGAGUUUAAGAAACAGCAGAUGUGUCUUUCACGGAUUAACGGGUGUUGUCCUGACCGAGGAAAAACUGGGCUGAGGAUGAGGAUGGUUUGGACCGGAGUUGGAGGGGAGGACAGAGCUGGGGGUGGGGUUUGGUGCAGAGCUACACUGGACCCGGGCACAUUCGGAGCAACAUCCUUUGCUAUGAGACUACUUCUCAGGUAACCAGGAAUCGAGGGGAAGGAGUGUGUGGAGGCCAAGCGUUAACGGCAAGAGCAGGGUUUGGAGAAAGUCUGAAAUCAGGUGUGGCUCUGACCCAUCUGUUGGCCCUGACCAGUUUUUUCCACUCACUUGGGCUUGGGCAUAGGACAGAACAUUUUUUCUGCCCUGAUUUUAAGGUUAGGUAAGGGUAUAAAUCAUCACGGUUUAGUGAGUACAUUCUUCGUAAGACAUGAUACUGUAAAUAUCUUUAAUGAGGAAAAGUUGAAAUAUGUACAUUGCUUCCUCCUGGAGCAGUUCAGGGAAAUGGCCACAGGGGGCGCUCUGCACAGCCAGGGCGGGAGAGUUUCCUGGGUUGGGCCUGCCGAGAAGGCCUGCCCCUCUGGAGACCCCCGGAGUCCUGCAGUGCUGGCUCUGCCCUGUGUGGUGACAUUAUUGUCCCUUUCUGUGGCUCGUGAACACAGCUUUCUCCAGACCCUUUAAAGAGGUGCAUAUUCGAAAAACAGUUUCUCUGUUUUGCCAUAACCUUGCUCUCGUCAGUGAAUGUUCCUAAUGCUGCUGUUUCAACAUUUGAAUUUUUUUUAAUUUAUGAAACAUGCAAAUUUUUUAAAAAAACAAAACACACACAUCCACACAUACACGCUUUGCUAUGUGGCUUCCGAGGUUUAAAUUUUGAAGAGUAAGAGAAUUAAAACUUCACGACCACAGACCACCUCAAACCAGAAAUACCUCAGAAUUUUCUACUUGUGUAAGUUUUAUUAUAUAUUUUAUUAGUUGUGUUGUCUUGUAGUAAGUAUAUUUUAAUGUAGGUUGGCUUUUAUGACAAGAAAGCUUAAAAGAAAUAGAGAAAAAGAGGAAAAGUUGUGAGUCUUCUAGGGAGUGCUACCAUUUUUCUUUGAUAACGCCCCCUUGUAAAUAAUUGUCAUCAACUGUAGGUUGGCUGUCUGGGCCGAGUCUGGGCAUUCAUCACUCUUAUUUGUGAAGACUUUUCCUUCCCGUUUCUUUAGACCAUUUUAUUUAAAAACUGGAUCUCUUCACCUUGCGGGUAGGCGAGUUGGUGGACGAUGGGGAGAGGUUGACUGGCGUGAGAAGGGGAGGGGGAGCCUCCUCCUGAGUUAUUUGGAAGUUCAAGUGUUUCCCUCGACUUGAUUGGUCAUUGUUCAGGAUGACAGGUGACCCCACUUUAACUUGGCAAAACUGUAGCCUUUAGACCCACGUGAGGUAAUUGUACUCGAGACUUAAUUUCUUAAGCACAUUGGCAGCAGUGAUAGCGGAGUUGAGCUGUAGGCCUCUGGGUCCACACUGCUCGGGGCUGGUCUGUGACGGCACGGCUUGGUGGUGAGGGCUCAGUGCACCGCCACGCGGGGGUUCUGGGCCCCUGGCCCGUGUCCUCCUCUGCGUGUUUGGGCACGGGGUGUGGUAGGAGACGAGUUUGCUUCCCUCUCAGAGCUCAGUUUUUGCUUCAUGGGUCAAAAUGUGGGCUGGCCAAGGUGGCCACAGGGACAGGUUUUUGUUUUUGUUUUUUGGUAAGUUAUUUGUCUUCUGACUUUUCCUUUUUAAGCUAUUUUUUGCUGUGGUAUUUUUCUUCCCUCGGAAUAAUUUUUAACAGAAAAACAGGCCUUACAGCAGUUGCUUUUCUUUUCCACUUAUGUCUUUCAGAAGCUUUAAAAUAUUUAUUGAAAAGUGCCAUAUCUGAUUUCUCCAGCUUUCUCCUCAGGCAGGGCUGGGAGUCUCUAGUUUUCAACCCUCAGAAGAAACGAACAGAAUAAACCAGUAACAAAUGUAGCUCAUUUACCAUAGGCAUGAUUAGAUCCCUGAUCCCAGCCCGUGUGGAACACUAAACCCCAGCCUCUGUUUGGUUUUAGAUUUCCUCUGGGCAGUUUUUCUUUUGUGUGCUGGCUUGAUUCUUCUGGGAGCACGUUUUGGCCCUGCUGUGGGACCUGCGGGGCAGGAUGCAGGACGGACACGGCAGGCCUAUUGUCUGGGGACGCUCCCUCUUUGCUGACCCAGUGCUCAGCCACUGUCACUCCCUUUGGGGCCUUGGCACCAGAAUGAAGUGUCCAGAGAUGGCCCCAUGGGGUGUGGCCGGGCAGAAGGCUUCCGGCGGCCCUUUCCCCGCGUGCUAGGCUGAGUGUCCCUGACUGCUCGUGGCCAGGAGGUGGGCAUCUCUCUCCCGGGCAUGCUGCUGGGGCCUGGGUGGGUCUUCCGCCUCUGAUAAAGUUAGGUUUACUUAGGUUUACUGUCAUGUCUUCUUCUCCGGGGAGUCAGCCAUCCAGAGCUCCGAUUUGUGUCGAUGGGGUUGGGGGCCUCUGCCUGUGCUCUUCUUCACAAAGAUUUGUAGCCUCCACUUCCGGAGAUCUCAGAUCACUGCUACAUUCCGCCGCCCCCCCCCCC